GUGUGUGUGUGUGUGUUUGUGUGGGUCUGUGUUUAUAUUAAUUAUGUAAUGCAAAGAUGCCAUAUCAAAAUUCCAUAAGUGCUUUGUCAGAUUUUUCUUUCCUUGAUCAUGAACAAUAGUGAUCAUUAGUAAAAGCCUGUCUCAUGUGAGGACAAACCCAUGUGUAAUGUAUGAUUGUGAAAAAAAUUUUCCCCUCCUUGUAUGAAGUAGGCCUAUGUUUAACCCGUUUCUUCCUGUCAGUCUCCUCCCCCACCUUUAAAGCCAAAUUUUCACUAUAAAUAAGACAGCAGAUGAGCCCAAAAAUAUGCACUUAUCUCCUCAGAUCUUGAGCAAGAUCAUACCAAGAAUAUUUCUCCUGUCAGACAACUUGGUCCACUGACUUCAUCAAGCCAGCAGCAUCUGAACUCCUGAGGUCCCACUCUUCUCUUCUCUCCAGCCAGAAGACUUCAGCAGCUUGUCCACCAGCAUGACUCCUCAGCUUCUUCUCCUGUCCACCCUGGUUCUCUUGUCCCUCCUCAGCACGUCCUGGUGCAGUCCCAUGUGCAAUAACCAGUGUUGUCGUUUCGUGGAGGGAUUCCCUGUCAGGCUCAAGAAGCUCAGAGAGGACUAUUCACAGAUCAGAGACUUCUACGAAGCAAACAAUGACUUGGAGACAGCACUGCUAGACCAGAGCGUCGAGGACUCUUUUAAAAGCCCGUUUGGCUGCCACGCCAUGAACAGCAUACUGGACUUUUACCUGAGCACGGUGCUGCCCACAGCUAUGGCCGAAACGACGGAGGACAUCAGGGACUUGAAGCCUCACAUGGAGUCCAUCCAGCAGAUCUUCGACGAGCUCAAGAAUGAUGUCACCAAAUGUAGAAACUACUUCUCCUGCAAGAAACAGUUUGACAUCAGAAACCUAAACUCUACUUACACUCAGAUGGAGAGUAAAGGUCUUUACAAGGCCAUGGGCGAGCUGGAUUUGCUGUUUAACUACAUUGAGGUAUACCUGGCCUCCAAACGGCACAGGAACUUAGUGGCCUCUGCCUGAUGACCUGCUGACCCAAAUCAAAAUGUGACUUUGUUCCUCUCAGGAGACAAAAAAAAUAGACUCCCACCCAUUGUCUUUUAAGAACCUGCUGAACUGAUGUCUUGCUGUGCUGAGACUUCUCUUUACUUUUUUGUCCUGUGGACAGAUAUCUUCAUGGGACCAUAUUGAGUCUUACACUUAUGAAAUUGUAUGACACUGUCACCUCUGAACCUGUUGUAUUUAUUUUAUGUAUUCAUAUUCAUAUUUGUAUUUAUUAUGGGUAGU